CCACCAUGAUGUCAGUUACAGGAAACAGCCUUCAUGAUGCACCGUCCAAACAACUCACUGUAAAAUGAAAACUGUAGCUCCGACUGACAAAGCGACCACACUCCCUCCUGUGUGUCCCUGUGAUCUCUGCAUAUGACUUCAGGUCAACGGUAUCUCCCCAUGAGGUGAUUCUUAGAAGUGAGAUUCCAAGCGAGCUGAGCUGAUACUAAAAUGUGACGUCAACAGACUGGAGGCUGCUCAGGGACUCGUGAAUGGCAGCCAAUUGGAGGGAUGAGUCCCCUCAGCCUCCCUGACACACACACACACACACGCACGCGCACUCUCUCUCACACACGCGCGCGCACACACACACACGCGCGCACACAGGGAGCCAGAGAGAGCCAGGGAGAAGUGAUGCGGCAGCAGCGCGACUGAGACGCGCAGCCGAGGCGGAACAAACGGGUCCAAACACGAGCUGCAGUGAACGGAUACGCGCUUUUCCUCCCGAGCGAAGCCACAACAUCAGGACGCUUUUCUUUUAUUCCUUCAUUCAACUUCAUCACCAGCUGCUGGUUUUCGCCCUACGUGAGUCUGAAGGAAAAACCGUCGCCUGCUUCCAUCGACGAUUGACAGCAUGAGGACGGAUCCAACGCUCUGACCAAAGAACGCUGGACACAAACCACUGAGGACAACACUGAACGUGGUGAUAGAUAGUCAUGGAUAGAAGGACAGUUUACGUCCUGAUGAUGCUGUGGGUCAUGGCUCACCUCAGCUCUCCGGCGCUUGGGCUCCGGGCCAUGAAAAGGACUACUGGGGGGCACAGGGGGUCCGGUGGGCUGACGGGUCAGGACGCCAACGGAGUGCCGCUCAGACGCUCCAAACGAGGUUGGAUGUGGAACCAGUUCUUUAUGUUGGAGGAGUACACCGGGACGGACAUGCAGUACGUCGGAAAGCUUCAUUCAGAUUCUGACAAAGGAGAUGGAAGUGUGAGGUACGUCCUCACCGGCGAGGGAGCGGGGACGCUCUUCAAGAUAGACGAGAACUCGGGGGACAUCCACGCCACCAAGAGGCUGGACAGGGAGGAGAAGGCUUACUACAUCCUCCACGCCAAAGCUGUCAAUCGCCUCACCAACAUAGCACUGGAGGGCGAGUCCGAGUUCAUCAUCAAGAUCCACGAUAUCAACGACAAUGAGCCAAAGUUCACAAAGGAAGUGUACAUGGCCCAAGUCCCAGAAAUGUCCGAAAUUGGCACCUCGGUAAUUCAAGUGACGGCCAUAGACGCCGAUGACGCCACGUACGGGAACAGCGCCAGGGUGGUGUACAGCAUCGUGGAGGGGCAGCCGUACUUCUCUGUGGACCCAGAAACAGGUCUGAUCAAGACGGCGCUGUACGGCAUGGACCGGGAAGUCAAAGAGAACUACCAGGUCGUGAUCCAGGCGAAAGACAUGGCGGGACAGAUGGGCGGCCUCACAGGAACCACCACCGUCAGCGUCACCCUGUCCGACGUGAACGACAACCCGCCGCGCUUCACCAAGACUCUCUACGAGUUCCGGGUCCCGGAGACCGUGGAGCUGGGCUCUGCGGUGGGACUGAUCCGAGCCAUGGACGGAGACAUCGGCGAGAAUGCGGAGAUGGACUACAGGAUCAUCUGGAGCGACGGCCCCGGCAUGUUUGACAUCGCCACCAACAGGAGCACGCAGGAGGGAAUGAUUCUGCUCAGGAAGCCUCUGGACUUUGAGAAGAAGCGUCAGUACAGUCUCCGUGUGCAGGUGGAGAACGUCCACAUCAACCCUCGCUUCUUCUCCUCUGGCCCGUUCAGGGACGAGGCCACCAUCAAGAUCGUCGUGGAGGACGUGGACGAGCCGCCGGAGUUUGUGCGCGGCAGCUACGUGAUGGAGGUCAAAGAGGACGCGGCCAAGAACACGAUCAUCGGCUCCGUGAGCGCGAACGAUCCAGACGACAAACACAGUCUCAUCAGGUACUCCAUUGAUCGGCGCACAGACAUGGACAGAGUGUUCAACAUCCAUGCAGGCAACGGGUCAUUGUUCAUCCUCAGGGAGCUGGACAGAGAAGAGAACGCCUGGCACAACAUCUCCGUCAUCGCCACAGAGUUCAACAACCCACAGCAGAUCAGCCGUGUGCCCGUUUACAUCCGAGUGCUGGACAUCAAUGACAACGCGCCGACAUUUGCCACCAAUUACGAGACGUUUGUGUGUGAGAACGCUAAGGCUAAUCAGAGGAUACAAACUGUGAGUGCCACUGAUCCUGACGAGCCACUCGGAGGACACCGCUUCUUCUUCAGUCUUGCACAGGAGGCUGCUGGGAAGGCAAACUUCUCUGUCCGUGAUAACAAAGACAACACAGCCUGGAUCCUCACAAGGAGGAACAACUACAACAGCCUGCAGAAGAGCGUCUACCACGUACCUGUGGUCAUUUCUGACGGCGAGUUCCCGAUGCAGAGCAGCACCAACACGCUGACUGUGCGCGUGUGCACCUGCGAUCGUGACGGAAACAUGAAGCUGUGCAAUGCCGAGGCGCUUACAGCGAGGGCGGGACUCAGCACGGGAGCCCUGGUGGCCAUUUUGCUCUGUGUCGUCAUCCUGCUCAUGAUCGUGGUGUUGUUUGCCGCCCUGAGGAGACAGAGGAAGAAGGAGCCUCUGAUCAUCUCCAAGGAGGACGUGAGGGACAACGUCGUCAGCUACAACGACGAAGGCGGCGGAGAGGAGGACACUCAGGCUUUUGAUAUCGGCACGCUGCGCAACCCGGAGGCCAUCGAGGAGAGCAAGCAGCGGCGGGACAUCGUCCCUGAGACCUUCUACCCUCCUGUCCGACGGCCCGUGCUGCCCCCGACCCGGGACAAUAAUGGGGACGUGAGGGACUUCAUCAACCAGAGGCUCCAGGACAAUGACAGCGACCCGACGGCGCCGCCUUACGACUCCCUGGCCACCUACGCCUACGAGGGCAACGGCUCCGUAGCGGAGUCCCUCAGCUCGCUGGAGUCCGUGACCACCGAGGGCGACCAGGACUACAACUACCUGAGCGAGUGGGGGCCGCGGUUUAAGAAACUGGCGGACAUGUACGGGGCCGACGACAGCGACAGGGAUUCCUAACGAGAAGCCGCAGCACAGACGCGGGCGAGGAGCGGAACAAAACACAAACGAUUCUGGUGCAUGUGUGGCGAGGAAAAACCCGGCACAGACAGAGGAACGGACACGGGGGUCUGUAAAGUGCUCUUUCUUCAGCUGCCGUCAAUCACCUUUCAGUUGUUCCUCCGGUGACCAAACGUAGGCUUUGUGUGUCCAGUCAGUGUUAGUAGCGUUCUUACGAGGGCACAGUGAAAAGAGACUUAGUGUCAAGACUUCUUUUUUUUUUUCCUGUGUGUGUAUAUGGGAGUUGUACAUGAGGCCCCAAUAUAUCUAUACCCACAUUCUUCUUCUUCUUUUUGGUUAGAUUUUUCCAAAGCUGCCUGUGAUGGACGCGCAGUUUUUGUAAACCAACAGAUACGCCAAUGUAUUUUUCAGUGUUUCCAGGACAAAAAAAAACCAUGCUGCAUAUUGUGAUCUUAGCUUGUGUACGUACGGUAACAUGAUACAAUAACGCUGUACAGUUGUUUUUCUUUCUUUCUUUCCAUCACCCAAAUGUCCCCGCCCUCUUCCAGUAAUGGCUGCCUACACAAGCGCCAUGUGGUUUUGGUGUCACGUGGUGAAAAAGGGCAUCGCGAACCGAUACUAGAUUGAUCAAUAUUUUCGUUUAAGCUAACUUUAAUAAAAAUAAAACAGUAACUAAUUCCCUGCUUUGCCCUGAUGAUGACGACGAAGCUACCCAUCGGUAUUUUACAGUCAACAAGUGUUGGAAAAGCGUGGACAUCUUUGCGGACAAUAGCUUGAAAGUUCGCUGGAGUUUUACGAAGCGUCAGGCGAUUGCGUUACGAAAAACUGUAGUUGUGAGUUAAGCGAGGUAGCGUCAUCAACUCAAAACACAAAUACAAGACUCGAUAAAUGUGAAGUAGCGCAAUUUAGCGCCAGAAACCAACACUCGUUUUGGUACAAUGUGCAGCCGUUAGCAUCAGUUAAGUCUGCCCUCUGGUGGUCGAGAAAGGAGUGAUACUCUUAUCUGUCGACACGUGGCUGAUGCGCUCCAACAAAAAAGACUGUGUGGAUUUGGAGCCACAACAAACAACAAAAAACCCACAAAUAUUUCACUUUGUCAUUGCCGACAGUAUCUGAUUUUCAUCUCCACACACAAGUUUUUAACAUUCACUGUGCAGCGAGAUGAAAAUACCAAAUAUUCUCUCUCAGAGCUGAAUGUCAAUGCCACCAUUUUUCUUACUCCUCGGUUAGAAAAAUGAGGAACAAUGCAACGCUGAUAAAAAAGAAAAAGGAAAUCAAACUCAGUUGAGAGGAAAAUUCUGGUGUAGUUUUGACUUCUUUUUUUUUUUUUCUCUCUGCUGCAAAACUGAAACUUGCAACACGAUGAAGGUCCAAGGAAGUGGAGCGUGAAACUACGGCGUGCAAUCAGAUUGGACCAAACAAUUACCGUUAAAAUUCAUCAGGCAAUUUUAUUUUCAUCCUAUAAACGCUUUAUUUCCUGUCUCCAGGUGAUUGAGAAACAACUGAGCGGAAAAGUGGGACAUUUCUUGGAUCAGGGAUUCCCAAAGUGUGGGUCGGGGGCCCUCAAAUGGGUUACGGUUGAUUUUUUUGUGGUCCCCAAACAAUGUUUUUUGUUAAGAUGUAUGUGUAUAUGUUUAAAUGAACGCAACAAGUGAAGUUGAAAUUAAUUUACCACAAACCCUUCUUGAAAAUGACAGUUUGCCGUCUUUAAAAAGCGCGGUUCUGAUAUAGAAUGUUUGGUAAACACCACUUUAUGAAUCAGGAGUUGCCUUAAAUGGCCAACAAGUUUUUGAUUUUAAGGCCUAAACGAGCAUUUCCACAAUGAAAAUGCGAUUUCUAACGCUGCACAGGUAAAUGGAGAAGAACAAAACAUUGCAAAAACACCAGGAUUUUCCUCUUUAAAACCCAUUUUCUGGUCUCUUCCCCCCCCCCCCAUUACAUGUAUUGUACCUGUGGCUAAACAUGAAGCUGGUCCCUGUCUUCACGCUCUCCUCCUCCUCAGCUGAUUUCCUGUGGGACGAGAAAGCCUCUUCCAUAAAGAUGCUUAUCGGGGGUCGCCUGACCUUUGAGGCGUGUGGAAUAAGUUGCUUGAACCUGGAGGUGUGUCCUCUGCUCAGAGAGAAGGUCAAAACACAUUGUCCUGCAGCAGGAAAAACACACACACACUCACAUAACACUCGGCGUGAUUUAUGUCUCGUCCACACUACUGCGGAUAUUUUUAUUUUCAUUUAUAUUUUCCUCUCUGUCCACACAACUUUACUGACUCAAAUACUAGACUGCAAAACAAGUAUGCCAGGUGGCGUCAAAGUCUACAUUUACUCUACUCUCUCAAAUAGCAGAUGUUUCGCAACUCAAAGUAAACAGAUGGACGGAAUCGUUCCUUCGCAUUCAUUCUGCCAAUAUUAUUGCACAUACGUAAACAAAACAAUACCGCCAGAAACCACAAGGGGGCAGGGUUACCGACGAUUCACUAAGAAGAAACACAAAGACAUACAUUAUUACGUCGUAUUAGAGAGUAGACACUCAAAGUGUGUACUGCCCUCUAGUGGAUGGAUUGCUUACACAAAAGAACAUGGGUGGUUGUACCUCUCUGAAAAACCAUUUCUAAGAUUGAAAACACCAUUUUUGUGUGGAACGAGAGACGGAAAAACACAGAGGAAAAGGUCCUUCUUUUUUGCAACAACAUCCGCAUCAGUGUGGACAAGUGCUGUAGGCUCCCGGACACAACAUCAUUCUCAAAUUACGGUAUAAUCUCACCAUGGAUUAACAGCUUUGAAACAAGGACGACUGUGAAGGGGACAAGAAAAACUCAAGUCUCUGCCCUGACUUUAACGAAAGAGGCUGACAUUGAUCAUACAUUUGAAGCAGUAAUAAUAACAAAAAAUGCCAUAGUGCUACUUUUUCCCCUCUCUGUCCUGACAUCAACAACAGUGCAUUUAACAAUCCAAUUUAAAACACAGUUGGUCGGAGAGUUCUUUCUGCUGGCGUGUCGUGUUCACAUGUUCUGCUCUUGUUUCCCUUUUUAUUUUUUAUUAGCUUUUCACUGGAGCUUUUGUGUAAGUGACCAUCUCAGAGUGUGUGUGUGUGUGUGUGGCAGUGUCGCUAUGAUAAGCAUUUACUGGCUUUAAAAAAAAAAGCCCUUUUACUAUGUUUUUUUUCCUGCCUGCCUCAAGGUGACGCAAAAGCCUCAAAUGGGAAAAAUCAGCAGCAGCAGAACUCACCCAUCUUCUUCCUCUCUCUUCAUACAAGGACGUCAGCGCUGAUGUUUCUUCAUCAUUAUUAAAAAAAAAAAGACUUUGCACAUCGCAAAAACGCACCCCAUGUUUCUGUUCCUUCACAUUUUUUCUCCGUACUACGUUAAAAAGGCGUCUAGAUGGUGACUCCAGAUACAGUAGAUCUGUGGUUUGUUGAUGUGUAGACUCAACGGUCGGUCGGUCGGUCGCGGCCUCCGCGGUUAUUAAUUAUGUCGGUGACUACGUGAUUGAGCAGUGGAGUUUUACGUCGAUGUAGAAAACACACUUUAUCGUGCGGGAGGUUUGUGGUAGUGGACGGGGAGGGGAGGGGAGGGGCCAUUCAUCGAUCUGCUUUGUAAAACGUGAUAUUUUGUACUGAAUAUUUAUAUGACACAAUUAAAUAUCUUUAAAAAUCA